GGCGCCAUGGCGGCCGCGGGGCCCUACGCGCUCGUGACCAGCUGCGCCGCCGGCUUCGCGGGCGAGGAGCUCGUCAAACGUAUCACUGGAAAAGAUGACCUUACUGUGGAUGCAUCUGCAACUGGCAGAGUGAAUUUCUAUCCCUGGACAAUAGAUAAUAAAUACUAUUCUGCAGAUAUUCAUCUCUGUGUGGUACCAAGCACAUCUCUUGUUACAGGAGAGAUUGCUGAAUCUGUUCAAGCAUUUGUGGUUUACUUCGACAGCACAAUAAAAUCUGGACUUGAUAGCGUCUCUGAAUGGCUUCCCCUAACAGAGGAGUGGUUACCUGAAGUCAUGAUCCUGGUCUGUGACAGAGUCUCUGAAAAUGGUGUUAAUAGACAGCAAGCUCAAGAAUGGUGCAUCAAACAUGGCUUUGAACUGGUAGAACUUAGCCCUGAGGAGCUGCCUGAUGAAGAUGAUGAUUUUCCAGAAUCCACAGGAGUCAAACGAAUUGUGCAAGCCUUGAAUGCCAAUGUGUGGUCCAAUGUAGUCAUGAAGAGUGACAGGAGCCAGGGCUUCGGCCUCCUCACCACUCUAGCAGGUGCAAACUGCGGCGUCGGCUCGGAAGAGAGCCCAGAUACAGAAUCCAGUCCACCGUCGGCAGGCAGAGAAGAGCCCCACUUAGACAGCAGGGAAGAUGCAGCCAGCACAAACAACCUGCAGAUUGACAGCAUUGUAGAUCCCAUGCUAGAUCUGGACAUUCAAGAACUAGCCAGCCUGACCACAGGAGAAGGUGACGUGGAGAACUUCGAAAGGCUGUUUUCAAAGCUCAAAGAAAUGAAAGAUAAAGCAGCAACGUUGCCCCAUGAGCAGAGAAAACUACACGCAGAAAAGGUGGCCAAAGCCUUCUGGAUGGCCAUCGGAGGAGACAGGGAUGAAAUUGAAGGCCUCUCUUCCGAUGAAGAAAACUAAGUUCUCCUGUAAGCAACAGAGCAACCCUGGAAGAGUGAUCCUUGCCCGCAGCGAGCGCUUGUUGCUAGAAGCCUCAUUUAGCUUUAGUUGCUUCUUUGGUUAAAGGAUUCUCUAUGUUAYUAAGUAGCACAUUCCACAACACCCAAUGGUUGGCGAGGUUUUGUUUGCCUGUUCACUCAUUCAGUCCCGAGGAUUUGGGAGGGCAGUGGACGCCUUCCAGGUGUGUGCAGUUAGAGGAGACAAUAGGUUAGUUUACAUUUUUCAAAUUAUCACUUUUCCUGUUUCCUGAUUUGCGUUAAAAAAAUCAAAACCCACCAGUUAUCUUUCUACAUAGGGCUGGCGCUUGUUAAGUGACUACUUAAUUCUGCGCUCAGGAUACUAGAUACAGGCCUGGUCGAUGUUUUUAGGUAGCUUUAAAGCUGACCCACUAGUCAAAACAAAACCCAGAUUCACAUGCAGAGAAGGCUGCAGAACUGUGCUGCACUGUGAGACGCUCCACCAAGGCUGCCAGGUUCGUCCUGCCGAGUGCCAAAGCCAUUSCAAGUGGCCCCUAGGCCUUGAAUUCUCUCUGCCUGUGUGAGUACGUGGCCCUUCCCUGGGGAAGGGAGUGUGCCACGCUCAUGGGUUUUCCAUUUUGUCUGCUUUUUCAGGGGUGAAGUUCCUUGCACAAACCCUCUGCAGCACUCGGUCUUCAGGCCUAGGAGAACAUGCCGAGCUCAGGCCUAAAUACCUGAGGAGCUGUGACCCGCUGUCACCUGGCUUAUGUGACAGGUUUAUGCUCCUGUUUCCUGAUCGGAAGGUACCAGAGCUCAAGCCUCAGAUUGCUGCUUCCUGGCUAGAAAAAAAGCCCUUCAUCCUCAGAGAAUGAGGAUCAUGAUGAGGAAUGAGGAAGGGUUCAGCCCUUCAUCUUCUCACGUUAAUAAAUAUAGUGGGUCCUGAGAUUAUCAGCUCCAAAUUUUGAAGAUAYUUCUCACUGUGGUUUUCACACACGYUUAAGGAACCAUCUACCAGGGCCACCCCUUCCAAGUGAGUGGUGUAAGACACMUUGUCCCAGCUCUCUCCUUGUCCGCUUUCUCUUCUCACUGGCCACCUUGUUUUCCCCUAGCCCAGGACUGAAGGUGAUUUCUUCCAAGCAGGGAACAGUUUUUCAUGUCUGCUUCUUUCUUCCUCUCUAAAUAUUUGUUGUGCAAUAGAGACAAAUGGCAAAAGCGCAGAGCAAAUUAACUGAACACACUGAAAAACAUAAUGCAUUUGAAUACUUUAUAAAAACAGUUCUUUAUACAUGUGGUUUCUUUWCAUAGGUGAUAUUUUAUUUAAAUUUAAUAAAA